GAGCUCCAGUGAGAGCGAGUUCCAGUUCCAGCUGGCCUCCCCACUGCGCUGCUCCUAUGGCGGACUCUCCUCUUAACCACUCCUGGCCAUCCUUCUCCAAACUCUGGAUGAAGAGAUGGUCCUUCAAGAGAGCAUCAGAGUGCAAGCCAUGUAGUGAGUCCUGUGGGCCUCCCAGUGCCCAACUCAGUGUCCAGCCUCAUGCUCCCAGCGGGACAGGAUCUUCCUCCUCACUAUCUCCUGCCUCUAUCGCUGAGGAUGUCUUCUUUGGCAUCACCACUGAAGACCAGGAUACGUGUUCUGUAGUCAGUGACUACGACUGUCCCUGUGUGGAGGUGAGCAACAGUGUGGAGGAUCUGCUGGGCCUCAGCUCCUCUCUCAGAGACUCUGAGUACUUUAAGGACCUGGAGGAAGGGAUACCGGCUUCACAGUCUACUGCAUUCCCAGUAACCACAGUCCCAGAGAGCAAAACCCUGCUGCAGGUGUCCCUAAACACAGACAGUCCUGCCAUCAGCCAACCUGCCCAGACUUCUUUGACCACACACUUCCCUUAUGCCAAUGCACCAUCUCACCCCUACUAUAUACACCCUGCAGAGGAACCUCAUCACAACUUUGUGGUCACUCAGCUUAGUCCCAAAUUAUUGCCAGGUUGUAUCAUUGACAGAGGUGACCUUUCAGGCCCUGCAGUAGGGCUUAGCUUGACAAUUAAUCUGAAUGGACUGUUGGGAUCAAUGGAAACAGCAAAAGGAAUAACAGAAUCAGAGGAAGUACUGGAGCAUCCCAGUAUGGAUUUAGAUGCCGAUUCAGACCAUGAUAGCUUUCCUAUUCUGGUCAGAUCCAUGUCGACGUCACGGAGGCACAGCUGGGGUGUCCCUGUGUCCCCCAUUAACCUGGGAAGGAGACUGAGUCUGGAUACCAUGGCCAUGGACAGCGAUGGAGAGAGAGAGGACGAUGAGGAGAGACAGUCUAUCAGAUACACAGCAUGUCCCGGAGAGGAGACAGAUGGCCCAAGGCUGAUGGUCCCCUGUCCAAGAGCCAGGGUCACUAGCAUGGCCGGUGGUGUUCCUGGCAGGCACCUGUAUUCCCGCUCAGAGAUCCUCGCCACAGACGAAUGUUCCCGUGCUGCACACAUUUCUCGUGUUGUACAGACAUCCAAACAGGCCGCAAGGGCUGCAGGAGCAGAGGAGUUCGACCCUGAAGAAAACCUACAUUCUUCUGAAGGACAGAGCCAUAUAGCGAAGCAGAGGAACAACAGAUCAGACUCUAAAGUUUCAGGAAAUGUCACUUGGUACGAGUUCCUCUCUAUUGAGAAUGAGGAAGAGGAGGAUCGUACAGAGAAGGUAGAGAAAGGCGCCAAGGUGAAGAGGACUCUCAGCUCCCUGAGGAACAGGGUGACUGGCUCUUUUAAUAAAGACAAGGGUAAGAACCGAGAAAAAGAGCAGCAGAAAGAGAAGGGGAAGGAGAGGGAGACAAAAGAGAAAGUGUGCAACAGCGGGAGCAGCAACAGGCAUGAUUUGGUGCCAGGCUCUUUUUCCAGCUGUGCCACCUGCUCAUUGUGCGGCAAGACGCUGCAGAAAAAGCAUGGCCUGCAGUGCAUGAAUUGUGCUGUGAACGUUCACAAGAGCUGCAAGUCUCUGCUUGGUGAAUGCACCAGCAGCAAGAAUAAGAGAGAUUCGCUACCGAGGACUGGGUCAUCGGGAUCUCCUAACUUUGCACUAAAAGACCGGGACAGAGAGCGGGAGCAGUCGGGCUCAGCCUCAUUGCAGGCCCUGGAUGGCCACUCAGGGUUUCUCAGCACCCCAGGCAUGACCAUUAGUCUGUGGGGACCUAGCACUCAGUCGACUGCCGCCCAUACCACCAGUUCCACCGCAGCCUCUGCCUCCAGCCUUGGCCAUAGCCUCCGUCACCACAAUAGCUCAGGGUCCCUCCCCGGGGAGAUGGAUGAGAACGAUGCUCUCCGCUCCAAACGCUGCAACGAAGAUGCCAUUUCCCUCGCUCCCUCCACCACUGAGUCCAUCGUCAUUGUCGAAGAUGCUCACUAUGCAGCCGUGCGGGCUGAUCUGGAGUCUGAUGCCCAGGACCUGGAGGCAGAGUCGUGGAGUUCGGCAGUUGACCAGCAUUAUGUUAAGACGUACUCCAAAGAAAUGGUGAAGAGACAGGAUGUCAUAUAUGAGCUGAUGCAGACGGAGAUGCACCAUGUGCGAACACUGAAGAUAAUGCUGCGCGUGUACGUCCGGGAGCUAAAGGAGAACCUCCAGAUGGAUUCGGGCAGGCUGGACUGUCUGUUCCCCCGCUUGGAAAACCUUCUCGAGCUUCACACACAUUUCCUGUCUCGUCUCAAAGAACGGCGGCGAGAAAACCUUGUGUCGCCCAGCGACAGGAACUACACUAUCAACAGGAUGGCAGACAUUCUUAUCACGCAGUUCUCGGGUGAAAUAGGAGAGAGGAUGAAGGACAGUUAUGGAGUUUUCUGCAGUCACCACACUGAGUCUGUCAGUUACUACAAAGAGCAGCUGCAAAACAACAAAAAGUUCCAAAACAUCAUACGGAAAAUCAACAACCUGUCCAUUGUGCGGAGAUUAGGUGUGACUGAGUGUAUUCUGUUGGUGACACAGCGCAUUACCAAGUACCCAGUACUAGUGGAGCGCAUUCUGCACAACACUGAAGCGGGUACAGAGGAGCAUGAGGAUCUGACUCGGGCGCUGGGCCUGAUCAAAGACACCAUCGUUCAGGUUGACGCGCUUGUUAAUCUCCACGAGAAGAACUCUCGACUCCGAGACAUACACAACAAGAUGGAGCCAAAGGCACUGGGAAAAAUCAAAGAUGGCAGAGUGUUCCGCAGGGAGGACCUGGCACAGGGCAGGAGACGGCUGCUGCACGAGGGCACGGUCAACUGGAAAGCUGCUUCUGGCCGGCUGAAAGAUAUUCUUGCAGUGCUCCUGUCAGACGUGUUGCUGUUGAUUCAAGAGAAGGAUCAGAGAUAUGUAUUUGCUACAGUGGAUAACAAGCCGUCAGUGAUCUCUCUUCAGAAGCUGAUUGUCAGGGAAGUGGCCCAUGAGGAGAAAGCCAUGUUUCUCAUCUGUGCUUCCUCCAAUGAGCCAGAAAUGUACGAGAUCCACACCACCUCCAAGGAGGAGCGGAACAGUUGGAUGGCACACAUACGGCAAGCUGUUGAGAGUUGUCCUCAUACAGAAGAGAGGCUGUUCAGCGAGGAGGAAGAGACACGAGCUUUCAGGUUCAAAGAAUUUCAAGAACGGCUGAGCCAGAAGGAUGCAAUGGUUGUCCAGGCUCUCACUGAGAAGCUGCAGCUGUUUGCGGACAUGGCGGAGUCUGUGGCAGGUCUAGAGGACAAAGCAUCACAUUCCAGACUUUUGCUUCGAGGAGACGCCUCAGACCUCCAGCAGGGGGAGGCCCUGCUCAAAGGAGCAAUCACUGAGGUGGAGAACCUCCAGAACCUACUGCAGUCCGGAGUGAGGGAGGAGGCUCCGACGCCACGGCUGGAGGAAGGGUGCGGCUCUGGGAUUCUGCCCAGGAGAGCGGAUACCUUUGGGGGCUAUGACAGCAGCCCCACCAUCCUCAGUAAGAAUGGCAGUGUGAAGAAGAACUUUUCUGCUGAGUCCAGAAACAGAAGCCAGAGAGCCAGCUCUGACCCUCAGCUCAAAGACCUCUGUGGCAGCCACACCCUGGAGCAGAAGGUUGAUGAGAGCUGCUGCUCUCCUGCCAGAUGGAACCACAUCUGGUCUGGCUCCUUCCCCGAGGCUGAGUUCUUUGACAGAGUGCUGAUGCUCUCCCAAAGGCUCUAUAGUCUGCAGGCCAUCAUAUCACAGCAGGACAGUCAGAUUGAGCUCCAACGGGCCUCAUUGACAGAGCGGGCCUCCCUGCCCGGCCGCCACAGAGGGAACGUGCUCCUGGAGCAGGAGAAACAGCGCACUCUGGCCCUGCAGAGAGAAGAGCUGGCCAGCUUCCACAAGCUGCAGUCUCAGCACCGGCAGGAGCAGCAGCGCUGGGAGAGGGAGCGGGAGAGGCACCGCCAGCAAGUCGAGGCUACUGAGGCCAGGCUCCGACAGAGGGAGGAGGAGUGCAGACGGCUGGAGGAGCAACUGGCAGAAGAGAGGAAGGAGCUGGAGAGUCAGAGGGAGACGUACCAGCAGGACCUGGAGAGGCUGAGAGAGUCCACCAGAGCUGUGGAGAAAGAAAAGGAACGCCUGGAACACCAGAAGAAGAUCAAACGGAAGACUAUUGAGGUGGCUCCUCUCUCUGGCAGCCUGAACGGGGAUCUCCUCAUGUCCUCUGGCCUUGCCACCUCCACUGGCGUCCCUGACCUGCCCCUGCCUCAGAAGCCCCUUGUGCGCUCCAGCCUGUCUGUUGCACCGGCCGACUAUCCCGAGCGCACUGAAAUGAUGUUGCGAAGGGAGGGGAGCUCUUCCACCCUACCGCUGAAGACUGAGGUGCCGCUUCAUCUCUUCAGCACCACCAACCAGCUGCACAAACCGGUGGGGGUGCAGCAACAGAUCCCCACCAAGCUGGCCGCCUUCAGCAGUGGCAAAGGGAAAGGAGGCAAGGUUGGCAAAGCCUCACAUCGCGCUGACAGCACUGCCUCACUGGAUAUGAAGCAGAUGCUGCCAAUGAAGCUGUCUGCCCGAGACGACAACGCCCUGAAAGCCAAGCGCUCCAUCAGCCCCCACCAGCAUCUCCCGCUGUCAGCCCCUCCUCAGCCUCAUUCCCUGCAUCACCACACAGAUCAACUCAGUCCUCCAGACAACACUGGAUCAGACACCCAGUCCACCUCCUCUAUCAGCACCUCUCACCCUCCAAAUGUUCAGAAGCCCCCCGUGCCUCCUGCACAGUCCCAUCGUCAGUCAUCCAUGCAGCCUCUCACCAUCCCUCCCCACUCGCAGAGCACCGGCUCCCUCCAGUUCCAGUCCCAUCUGCAGCCGCAGAGCCUCGGUUCGAACACCCCGGCCCAUGUCCAGGUAAAUGUUCACGGGCUAACCCACAGCCACAGCAUGCCGCCACCCUACAAGAUCAGCACAGAAGACCUCAAUAAAGAGGAUGUCAUCUUCUUCUAAACUCCAGACUGCUGCCCUCAGAUCAACUACAAAAACAAAAAGGAAAAGAAUGAUGGGAUGGUUGUUGGUCCCAAAUCAACCCCAUUCCAAGGAGCCACUUACAUGCGAUAAUGUAAUGUUGAUGGUAUGUUUAGUGUGGGCGGAUGUAGUGUUUUUUAAGGCUUCAUAAGGGAAGAUAGUGGAAAAAUCUGUACAAAGUUGCAGCAAGCCUAUGCAGAGAGCAGAGACUUCCAGCACUUCAGUGGAACCAUGCAGAAAGAAAAAUAUUCAAGAAAGAUGACAUUUCUAUUUAAACACUGCUAACCCAUUUUUGUUUUUAAGCUGCCACAGUUUCUCUUUAUUUAAAUUUUAGUUUCAUUUCUUAACUCAAGAGGUGAUGGGUAUAAAGAGGAAACUUUUGAAGAAACAAAGUAACGUGAGUGAAAAGGUUUAAAAUGAAGUUUGAAUACCAAUCCAAAGACAUUAGCCGCGAGAGCCGAAGGGGAGUUGUCUGAAAGGAACAAUGCGAAAGAAGAACGGUCCGGUGCUUUUCAGGAGACUCCAAUCAGGCUGGUUAGUGAAGCAUGAAAGUGAAAGUGAUGGAGCCCUGGCCUUAACCAUCUGCUUGUACUGGACCUGCAACCACAAGAAGUGAUUCAACAGGAACUCAGAAGUGAUCCAAGUCUUAAUACGUAAACACUCUCUACUUUGUGUUUCAUUUGCACAGUGUAAAUACUCCAUUCCAGACUAAUGAAUGAACUUUUAUGGACUAAAUGUGUAUUGUUUGGUUGUUCGGUUGUCAAAAUUGUGAAGGAUCACUUAAUUUUGUUUUCGUUUUCUUCUUAACCAUGCUUAUUACAGACAGCUGGAAUUGUAGAAUACACUUCUACUGUUGCCACUGGUUGUGAAACUUAACUUUGGUCAGUAGAUUAGAAACAGACAGUCCCCUUCCCCACCCCCCCCGGCUAUUGUGUAAUAAUGCUUCGUUUCAAUUAAGGGAGAGUUCAGCUUGUGGCAAAAGCCACUGUUUUUCCAACUCAUGCAGAGUGAGACAGACUCAGGGAUGCCUUUAUUAUGUCUGCACAGUUUGAAGUUAUGAGAGAUUAGUCUACUUUAGGGAUUUUCUUGCAUUUCCUAGCAGGAGCUCUAUUACUGUGUACUUUGACACUUCAAAAUACCCCACUCUGAGAGCCACUGCUUUAGAGGUUAAAAGAUGUAUUUUCCAAACAAAAACAGUAGAGCUGCUGUUGACACCAUAGACGAAAAAAAAAUAAAGGCCUCACUGAGUUUGUCUCUCUCCAGCUCUCUUUAAGAGACCCUUUUCUGAGAAACAUCUGUUGGAAUUUUAGUGGAACUGUAGUGUACUGGACAAUCCACGACACUUCACGCUGUGUGUUGUUUUAAGGAUAAAAUUAACCUUUAACUGCUUCGGCAGAGAAAAGAGAAAAUCUAGAGAACAUCAGUAAUAAUCAAAACAAUUUUAUAUAGAGCUGAUGUGCACUGAAAAAAAUAAAUCCAUAAUCAUACUAAUAGGAAACUGAUUGCUGAUUUUGCACUGGUCAGUCCAGUAGAAUAAAAGCUAGGGUGUUAUUCCCAAAUGUAAACUGUGAUUAUACAGAUAACACUGAAACCAAGGCCUAAAUGUGAAUAAUGGGAAACGGUGUUGAAACGGUUCAUUCAGAAAUAUCUUUACUCCUUUGGUGCAUUAAAUCAUUUUAAAUCAUUCUUCCCCCUUAACCACUCAUACAGUAUAUACAUGCACUGAGUCUUCCACAGACUCAUAGGACAAAUGUGGCCAGGAGUGUGCAGUGUAUGGAUUCCCCAGUUCAAGUCAGGAAAUGAAAAGUUGAUGUGAUUGAUGAGUCGUGUUUUUUAAUGCUUGUGUCUCUGAACCUCAUUUUGCUGACUCGUCAGGAUGAGUUCAUUUUAGCUACACCCGUAUAUCUUUGAGAUGUCAGUUUUAAUUGAGACCCUGAGGUCUCAUUGGCGGCUUGUUUUAUUGAUUGCUGAUGACAAUUCAUUAGCUGGGUCUUUAAUCUCUGUGCCUGACAGAACAGUGGUACUGUGACGGGGGCAGUGGUCCUGCAGCAAAAAAAGAUCAGGACCACGAUCAGCUGUUAUAGAAGAAAUAUGGUGAUCUCAUUUUUUUUCUAUGUAUGUAGGUGAGAACUUUUUUAAAAUCAUGAAGUAGUCGACACAUUUGUGUGUUUUGUGUCUCUGGAGGGAAAAAAAUGUCAGAAGAGCUUUUUGUCCUUGUCCAAAUAAGUUUGUCUCUGAAGCUAUCGAUCGCUUCAGCUGGAGUGUUUAUGUAUAUUGUUGUACAUACUGUAUGUGAUCUCCUCUGCACCGGCUGCCCUCUUACACAUUGUAUUAAGAAAAGAGAUAUUUGACAUGAAUCAAAAUGCAAAAGUCUGUUUGUGCGGAUGUGUAUAUACACUUAAAAUACACACCUGGGUGUGUAUGUACGAUAAGGUACGCCUCACUUGGAUAGGCUUGUGGCAGUUUAAUGAAAACGCUGUCAGUGAUCGCUGUUGUUUAAAUGAACUAAAAAUGAAGGUGUGCAUAUUUAAUCUGUGUGUUGAUGUUGUAGCAUUGAAGCCGAGGUGCACUGUGUGACUGUCUUUCUCCUGCGAUUCAAGAGUGAUGCUUCACCAAGAUUAUGUAGCAGCAAACUAAAUCAUCUGCUUGUUUCAGUUAAACCAAAGACUCAUUCAGCUGACUGGGUUCCUGUCUGUGCCUCUUAUAUGAAGGAUAAAUGACACUGUGCUGGUUCUGUGGUCGUCCACAAGGUGUUAUUACCUGUAAAAAUCUUCCAGGGAGUGUCCAUAACAAGUGUGUUUACAGCACAUUGUAGUCCAGCUCAUAUCAUGUUUUGGAUUUGGUGUUUGUUUUUUGCUUCCUCACGUCCAGAUCUCUUUAUACAGAUACGGUCAUCUUGAAUACAGAGUGCACACAAACAAUAACUCAAAUGGGAAGUUGAAGUUAUUCUGGUAUUCUGGCUUAUAGUGGCACAACCCAACUAAAGCGUCUGAAUGUUUCAUUGUCAGAUAUGCUGAGAAGAUAUUGUAUCUAUAUUGUAUCUACAAACGGCUAUGAAGUAUUAAUGUGCAUGUAAACAUACUUGGUUUUCAUUUGGAGGAACCCUAAAAAACAUAUUUUUCCAGACUUUGACAAAACAAUCCCACCCCCCCACAUGGUCUUCAUCUGCAUAGUUAAGCCAGUGCAUCACUUCAAGUCCAACACGGACAAGAAGUCUUCGGAGUGAUACAGAUAAAAUCAAGACAGUGAGUGAAGACCAUGUGAUGCGGUUAAAAGCUUCGGAAAAAGCCUGUAAGUGGAGCUCAAGUUGAGAUGUUUUUUGUCUUACUACUUCAAGCUAGUAUUCCCAAGGUGAAGAGUGACCUUUCAUGCUUAACUGUUCAAGACAUUUCCACAUCUGUCCAUUUUCCUUUAUUUCCUUUAAUACUGAAUGAGAGAUGUUUAGGCAACAAGACAACUGGUGUAAGGGCAUUUUAUUGCUGCUCCAGGUAGAAGACUUUUAGUAAACCUCAACAGAAGAUAUGGAUGCUGACUGUUUGUGCCACUGUUUGGAUCAACUCAAGUCUUAAAUGUUCUUUUGCUGUACUGAAAUGCUUAACUUCUUUUGCUCUGCUUGAAAACUUUGAAGCCAGUCAGUCACAUAACUCUGUGUGUGUGUGUGUGUGUGUGUGUGUGUGUGUGUACAAGUGUGUGUACGGUUGCCACCAAAAACACAGCAGAAACAUUUCUAACCAACUUGUUUCCAGUUGUGUCCUUUAUACACGCACUCUUACACACAUAUUGGACCUGUAAUGUGUAAAUAAUCAUGAACAUAUUUUAUUUCCUCUGCCAAUUUUACACUAGUCACUUUGGAUAGUAGCAUACUUGAAGGGGAAAAUGAAUGUUUAUAAUGCUUAUUAUUAUUAUUAUUGUCUGUGAACUUUUAUUUUUCCAAGAGCUGUCUAUGACAUUUGUAGCACACAACAAAACAGAUUUUUGUACCGUUUUAUUUUAUUCACUGCGAGAUGUUAGAACGACCUGUGGACACAAACUGCUGCCUUAGAGAGAGUUUAGUAAUAAAAAGUCUUGAAUCUG